AUGACCCCCGGCGCCGAAUUCAACACCUACGCCGACUCCGUAGCCAGCGCGCGCGUCUUCGCCCUCACAUCCGCGAACCCGCACCUCACCAUGCCCCCCUUACUCUCAAACCCGUCGAAGAAGCACCAACUACCACCGUACCCAAAAACGCUCAGCAAGCGCCUAACCAUCAAACUCUUCCCGCUCGACACAACAGAACUACACGUCCUGCCCAAAACCAUGUACGAAGACUACAUCGCCCUAAAACCCAUCCACGGCUCCCCCCUCUCCGAAUGGACCAGCCUAUUCCUAACCUCCACGUUCGCAAAAAACUCAUCCCUGAACCCCCAACAAGACCCCACGAAAUCCGGACUCCAACUCCACGACCCGCUGACGAUCUGGUACGCUUUAUGCCCCUCCAACCCUUUAUGGAAGUUCAAAGAGGAGGAUGUGAGGGUUGAGACGAGUGGGCAGUGGACUAGGGGUUGCACGAUUGUGGAUCGGAGGGGGAGGCCGGUUACGGAGGGGGAGAGCAGUUUGGAGGAGGAGGUCGUGGGGGAUGCGGGGGGGUGGAGGGAUAGCAGGAGGGGGAAUCGGGUUGGGUGGUGUACGAGGAGUCCUGGGGAGGGGAAAUUUGCGAGGGUGCUUUUGCAUAGGGUUUUGGGGGAUGGGGAACAGUGGUAG